AUGGGAAAUAAAAAUUUGAAUUUAGACGUUGACACUUGCGUAAAAGAGAAACUGAAUGAAAUUGAGAAACAUGAUGGAGACAUAUUGGAUUCUGUACUGAAUCACGUGGGUGACCUGGGCCGUUAUCAAAAGCUGUUGUUUAUUGCAAUGCUACCACUGGGGUUCACAUACGCUUUCGCGUACUUCGUGCAGUUGUUCAUAGCUGUUACCCCGCAGAAUCACUGGUGCAGAGUUCCCGAGCUGGCCAACUUAAGCAUGGAGUUAAGACGUAACCUAUCCGCACCUGGCGCUAUCACCGGCAAAUGGGACCACUGCAUGACAUUCGAUACUAACUGGACCCAAGUAUUAGAUACCUUAAAACCACCAGCAGUAGGAACACCCAUGGUACCAUGCCAGCAUGGUUGGGAGUUCGAAUUCAAUGAUAUACCGUAUGAAACUGUUACGUCAGAGAGAGAAUGGGUGUGUGAUAAUGCCAAAAACGUGCCAACUGCUGCGUCGAUGUUCUUCGUGGGAUCCGUGGUAGGAGGUGUUAUCUUCGGAUGGAUGGCAGAUCGUUUUGGCAGAGUACCUGCUGUAAUAGUGUUGGAAUAUGUGGGACCUCAAUACCGCACUUUGGUGGCGAAUUUAAUCUUAGCUUUGUCAUUCGGAGUAGCGUCCGUGGCGAUGCCCUGGAUGGCGUACUUUAUCGCAGACUGGCGUAUAUUAGUGUGGGUGACUUCGCUUCCCAUGUUCCUCGUGUUAUUAGCGCCGUGGGUCAUCCCUGAGAGUAUUAGAUGGUUGAUGAGCAGAGGUCGCAUCAACGAAGCUAUUGCGAUUCUCGAGAAGUUUGAGAGGAUUAAUGGAACCAAAAUUCCAGAACAUGUCAUGGAUGAGUUUGUUAUAGUCUCCAACAAAGGUAAAAUGGAGGAGAAGCAAAACUUCUUUUGUAUUUUCAAGAGCCCACCACUGCGCAAGGCAAUGUUCAGCCUGAUGAUCCUUUUCAUGGGUGGUGCACUUGUGUUUGAUGGGCUGGUGCGUCUCUCUGACAGUUUUGGAAUGAAUUUCUUCGUCGUGUUCACUUUCAUUGAGGUGUCUGAACUGAUUUCUAUACUGGUUGUCGCGGUAAUUCUCGACAGAUUUGGCAGAAGAAAAGUUUGUGUCGGUCCAAUGUAUGCAUCCAGUGUCUUCUUACUCGUCGCUCUCUUUCUGCCUAAAGGUGUCCCGCAGACGGUAAUUGAAAUAGCCGCACGUUUCUUUACGAACACCUGCUUUACGUGUGUGAUGCAAUGGACCACGGAGAUUUUGCCAACGCCCUUUCGAGCCACUGGCUGUUCCAUCCUGCACAUGUGUGCAUUCAUCUCGACUGUUUUCACACCUUUUAUCGUAUACUCGGGGCGCUAUUGGAGCAUGUUACCGAUAUUAAUAUUCACGCUGAUGACCUUCCUCACGGCGAGCGUCGGUUUGACGUUACCAGAGACGAGAGGCCUGCCGAUGCCCCAGACUAUUGCCGACGGUGAAAAGAAUAUCAGAGAACAAUCAUUAUGCGGGAAACCAGAACGUGAUGACCUAGAUGUGUAA